AUGGCUGCAGCUGGAAAGCAACGGAAGGCCUGCGAUGAGGAACCAAGAGCAGCUGCAGGGAAGGGGAAAUGUCUCCACAGGAAGAACCUGCUCCUGGGUGUGCUUGUGGUCAGCACAGUCUUCAGCCUUGCCCUGCUGAUAACCUACAUCAUCCUGACCUGCCGCCUGGAGUCCUGCGAUACUGAGGAGUGCCUUGUGGCCAAACUCCUGGACACCAGGAAUGCCACCAUAGACCCCUGCAAUGACUUCUAUGGCUAUGCCUGUGGCAACUGGGAAGACAAGAACCCAAGCAGGAUGACUAAGGAGUCACUGAAUGUAUUUGAUGUAUUAUUGGAAGAAAACCAGCUGAUCCUGAGGAAGCUUUUAGAGGCUCCAAGGCAUUGGACAAAAGGCUCGGCCAAGGAGAAAGCCCACCAGUUCUACAAGUCCUGCAUGGAUACCCAACAGAUUGAAGCACAAGGAACUGAGCCCUUGAAAGAUAUCAUAAAUAAGAUCGGUGGAUGGAAUUUCAUGAGACCAGAGGAAAAGAUAGAUUUUAACCAAACUCUGCGAACACUCAUGGGCAACUAUAGUACAUUCCCCUUCUUCAAAGCCUUUGUGGGACCUAGUUUAUCUGACCCCAGUACCAAUAUCAUCCAGAUUGACCAUCCUGAGUUUGAGAUGCCAGCAGAGAGUGACUACAAAAAAAAAUCUGAUUACCCCAAGGAUGUCCGUCUGUAUCUGUCGUAUCUGCUGAAUCUGGGGACACUGCUGGGAGUGCCCCAGGACAUUACCGCCACCUACAUCUCCUUCACCUUGGCCUUCAUCUCCAACCUCCAGAGUGUGGUCACCCCACUGCAGAAGCGACAGGAGAGGAGGAUGCUGUUCUAUAAAACCACCAUUGAGGAGUUGCAGGAAAAGGCUCCAGCCAUUGACUGGCUGUCAUGCCUAGAGGCAGCCUUCUAUCCUGUGCAGCUGAGUCUCUCCCAGCCCAUUGUGGUUCAUGACAUGGACUACUUGAAGAACAUGUCACGGCUGAUCAUAGAGUGGCAGGACAGGAGCACCCUGCAGAUCUAUAUGAUACUUCACAUGGUGACGAAUCUCUCUCCAGCCCUGGACAGCCGGUUCCAAGAUGCACACCAGGAGCUGAUGAAGAAGCUUCUUGGACCAAGAGAAGAGUUGGGGAUGGUACAAAAGAGUCGCUGGCAGAAAUGCCUGAGUGAGACCAGCAUCUUUUUUGAGCCUGUCCUUGGAGAGAUGAUGGUGCAAGAAAUUUUUCCUCCAGAGGCCAAGGAACUCGCUGAAAAGAUUUUCUCUGAGGUCCAAAAUGCCCUCCAGAGCCGGCUGGAUCAGGUGGGAUGGAUGGAUGAGCAAACCCGACAAGAGGCCAAAAGCAAGGUUUCAAAGGUCCGGGUGGAGAUUGGCUAUCCAGACUACAUCCUCCAAACUGCUGAAGUGGACAAGGAGUAUAAGAAUCUGAAGAUCAAUGAAGACACUUUUUUCCUCAAUGUGGUAGCCUCCCUGAAGGCCCAGAGGGAAAGUCUCUCCCAAAAGCUCCUUUAUCCACUCUCACAGGAUAGCUGGAAGGUGGUCCCCUGGUCAGUCCGUUCCUACUAUUCGCUGAGGAACCAUGCUGUGGUCUUCCCUGCAGGGAUGUUUCGUAGCCCAUUCUUCCACACCAGGUUCCCCAGUGCUGUAAACUUUGGAGCCAUGGGGGUCUUCAUGGCACAUGAGCUGCUUCACACAUUCUACGACUAUGUGCUACCAGACACCUGUUCCAGAUGCAAUAGGAUGGUACUGGUGCAAGAAAUAGACUGCCUCGUGAAACAAUAUGAGAGCUACUCUCUUCAGGGUCUGCGGGUCAAUGGUACUUUCACGCUGUUGGAGAAUGCAGCUGACACUGGGGGACUCACCGUUGCCUACCAGGCCUAUAAGAACUGGCUGAAAAAUCACAAAAAAGAGAGGCAUUUCCACCACACUGGACUUUCGCACCAUCAGCUCUUCUACCUGAGCUUUGCCCAUGCAAUGUGUGGCUACCAGAGCCCUAAGAACCUGCAGGAUUUCCUGAACAGGGAUCACCACAGCCCCCUGCCACUGCGAGUCCGUGGCACUCUCAGCAAUGCCCAGGACUUUGCCAGGCACUUCCACUGCCCCAGCAGAUCGCAAAUGAACCCAGCCUCCAAGUGCCACUUCUGGUAAUCUACUUGGCCAAGGAAGGGGAAAGAGACUGACCGAGCAGUGGAAACGAGGUCUUGGAGCGUGCACCCACUGGGGAUGGGCCAUCUUGUUUGGACUUAUGUAAAGACGCCCUGGUCUAACCUGUUCCUUCCCUUCCCAUCAUCUUUCCAGUUCCCUUGCCUCUGUUUGCUCCCCAGCUUCUCCUGUUAGAAGGAAAUUUUGACCCAUAUAGCAGGAGGGUAGAAGGUAUAGCAGGCCCUUCCCCUAAUGUUGUCUGCUCUCCGCCUUGCCCUUCAAGGGCCACCAAGCCAAAAGCUUUGCAAAAUUAAUAGGCUAAAUUCAGCAGUAGCUCUGAGGGGAGCCUCACAUGUGACUAUGGACAUCACACAUGAGGAAGACUAGGGACAGGAGAUCCCAGGUCUGCUUCCCCAAAGCAGGUGGGGAGGCAGAGGAGAAGAGAAUCACUGGCCCCUGCUUCCAGAUGGCAGGGAUGAAACACUUGAUGAAUGUAACAAAAAAUAAUCUCUUAUUCUUAUAAGAGAGUUUAUAUACCAGAUAGAGAUAACAGAUUAGGAGAAGGAGAGGGCUUAUUUAAGGGGAUGGUAUAAUAAAAUAGGCAACAGGCACAGAGCCUUGUGGAAAACUCAAUAGGUCAGGGUAAGCAUCUGAGUUUCAGUGUCCCUCUGACCACCAAACCAUUGAUGUUCUCUUAUUACUGGCUUUAGAUUCAUUUUGUGAACCUGAUAAUGGAAUUUUGCUCCCGUUCUUUUUUGCUGUAUUGUACUGUGUAAAUGAAUGUUGGGUAUUCAUGCAAUGUUUGAGAGCAAAGCAAGGAAAUAUACAGAAAUGGCAAGCA